AUGGCUUACACAAACUCACAAGUGAUGAAAAAGGAGUUUGCACUCCCCAUGGUUCCUGGAAUGACUUGUGGAGAGGAGAUGUUACGUCGUAACUAUCACCGUACACAAAUACACGGUCCCAAAUAUGAUACGAUGACAUCUAUUAAAAGUGUUCCCAUUGACAUGACAACAGCGAACAGACAAACCCUCUCCUCUAUGGAAACAUACAAAACAGAGAAUAAUGUAGAUGAUAAAGAUGUAACUUAUGCAAAUACCUACAGUGAACAAACAGGCGGAACAGCAGAUCUCAGUGGAAGAGUACUGCGCUUCUAUGGAUACACAAAGGAACAGGUACCAGAGAGCUCUGUAGAGCGGGAGCGAUUACGUAAAUUUGUAUUUAAUAUCUUUCUGGAAGAUAAUACCAUGAGUGUAACGGAACAGAAUCCGGAUAACUCUGGUUUCGCCUUUCCCGCAUCUCUUAAACGACAUAUUGUCCCCAUGGCCGAUGGUACACCUAUUACAUUUGCCAAUUUCCGUGUUGGCGAAACCGUUACUUUCUAUGGACGUACAUACAUGGUGUAUGAUGCGGAUGUGUUCACCAGAGAAUUCUUUAAGGAGGCCGGUGUGGAACUCGCCCCCGCCCAACCCGUGCCGGUGGACACAUACACACAACUGCGUAGUCGCCCAGUGGCCAAAGCACAUGAUGUGCGCUCCAUCGCAGCCGACAGUCCUCUUAACAUCACUCUCUUACCAGAACAAGUAAGAGCCACUCAACAAUUUCUCGCACAUGAUGGGGAAGUUCUUCGGUGUGAUUGUGUCUGGGAUGACACGGAGGCGCUUCAUGGUGUUAAGCAUUACCUCACUUUAUAUUACUUUCUCGCUGAUGGAAGUAUUGCGGUAGUGGAAAAAGAUUUCCCAAACAGUGGUCGGGAUCCAUUUCCACGAUUUUUCCGUCGUCAACGUAUUGCGAAACCAAAGGAUGGUGGAAAAUUUGACCCACAAACAUUGGGAUCUCUUACCUUUAAGGAAGACGCUAACACCGUCUACUACACAGAUGAAGAUAUUCGUAUUGGUAAUGUUCUUAAUCUCUAUGGUCGUGAGGUUCUCAUUCAUGACUAUGAUGAAUACACACGUAAUUACUUACAAAAGAACUUUGGUAUUACAAAGUAUGAACCCAUUCCUGGAGGGACACGACCACCAACAAUUCCUAUUGGUUGUCAACGACGUGAAAAGACUGCUCAAGAAUUGGAAGAAGUACAAACACGUAAACGUACAGAGAAUCGUUUACGGGAAUUUGCAGGAGGUGUGGUAAAAUUUCUUAUGCGUCUUGAGAAUGGAAAACAUACGGAUGAAAUUCGACGUUUCGUACUUGCGGUGUAUCCAGCAGAUAACAGUAUUGCCAUUUUUGAACCUGUACAACGAAACAGUGGAAUUGUUGGAGGGAAAUUUCUGCAACGACAACCAUGUAAACGUCCGGAUGGGGAAUAUUUUACAGCGGAUGAUUUUUAUGUUGGAGCACACGUUAUUAUAAACUCAUUUCCAUUUGUUAUUCUCACCUCGGAUGAACGUUCACUAAACUAUAUGGAAACCCACAGUAAAGAGUUUAGUCGCUCUGAUAUUAAUGCUAUUGUACGAAAACUUCGUGCAAUGCUCAGCAGUAAAAAAACAGGUUUGGCUGAAGCUUUCCGUGAGGCAGAUGCAUCCAACUCGGGUGGACUCAAAAUGGACGUUUUUCUCAGUAUUGUAAAGAAACUUAACUUGGAUAUAUCUGAACAGGAAAUCUUAAGUAUGCUUCGUUAUUUUGAUAAAAAUAAUGAAUCUUAUGUUUCUUAUGAAGAGUUUGUGGGUCGAGUCAUGCCAGAAGGUGCUGCUGUUGCUGUGGAUGACCGUUCAUGGAAUGAAAUUGAUGCGGAGAAUGCGGAGAAGGAGUUGGCUGCUUUUGUGAUUGAUCCAAAGCGGGAUGAAGAGAAACGCACUCGUGCAGAAGAGACAGCCCUCGCCGCACGUGCUGCAGCAGAGUUCUUAGAGUUAUAUGAUCAACGAAGACAACUUUUUAUAAAAGAGUUUCGUGCGAUUACGGAUUACUCCGAUGUGAGUGUUGUUGGUCCUAAUGAGUUUAAGAUGUGUGUACGUAAGAAGUUGCAGAUUCAUAGCAUUACAGAUGCUGAGUUGAAUGCAUUGUGUGCAAAACUGUUUACAAAAGAUGUUCCACAACUCAGUUUGGAGGAACUUACACGCAUCUUUAACGGUACGUCUACUUUACCAAGAAACAUGUAUGAAAUCAAGAAGGGUAUAUCCAAGUAA